CAUUCCCAUUAUUCUGAGCAGCAGCAGUUACAGAUGUUGUUCGCCGGUGAAAGUGAAGAAUGAGGAUUGGUAGUGGCGCAAUGGUGUCCGAAAACUCUCUCUCUUUUCUCCACCACUCUCCCACUCCUAAAUUCUGCAACUCCUUUGCUAAUCGUAUAUUCUUAGAUGUUGCUGGGGAUAUCACAAUUAUCGUUGAUGGAGACUCUUUUUUACUGCACAAGUUUCCCCUGGUAUCCCGAAGUGGAAAGAUUCGGAAAAUGCUGGCAAAUGCCAAGGAUUCAAAUAUCUCGAAGUUGGAGCUUAUUAACUUACCAGGUGGGCUCGAGACAUUUGAACUUGCCGCAAAAUUCUGUUAUGGCAUGAACUUUGCGAUCACAAGUGCAAAUGUAGCCCAUUUGCGCUGUGCUACAGAGUUCUUGGAAAUGACGGAAGACUAUCAUGAAGAAAACCUCAUUGCAAGAACAGAAACUUAUCUGAAUGAGGUUGUUUUUGAAAGUCUUGAAAAAUCCGUGGAAGUUCUAUUUGCCUGUGAGACAUUACUUCCUGCAGCAGAGGAGGUGGGAAUUCCAAAUAGGUGCGUCGAUGCUAUCGCCAGAAAUGCUUGUAAGGAGCAGUUGGUAUCAGGUUUGUCUCGUUUAGAUUGUGGAAGUAGAUCUACAGAACUUAAGGAUAGAUGUCUUGAGUGGUGGGUUGAAGAUCUCUCAACUCUAAGGAUUGAUUUCUAUCAGAGAGUUGUCUCUGCCAUGGGUAGUAGUGGCGUCCGAACAGAUAGCAUUAUUGCGUCAUUGAUGCAUUAUGCUCAGAUAUCCCUGAAGGGUCUUGCAAAACCACAGAUGUGGAAUCCAGCUAGAUCAAAUCAGGGCGUGGGGGAAAAUGACCAGAGGGUGAUUCUGGAAACUCUUGUGGGUCUAUUGCCAAUAGAAAAAGGCUCAACUGUUCCCGUGAGUUUUCUGUUUGGGAUGUUGAGGAUGGCAAUAAUCAUAGAUGCAACCCUCGCAUGCAAACUGGAGCUUGAAAGAAAGAUUGCUUUUCGGUUUGAAAUGGUUUUGCUUGAUGAUCUCCUCAUACCAUCUGCCCAGACUGGUGAUUCUUUAUUUGAAGUUGAGACUGUCCACAGAAUACUUAUACAUUUCCUGCAACGAAUUGAAGAGGAAGAGAAUGAAGAUUGUGGGUAUGAAUCAGGAGGCUUUGGUUCUCCAAGCCAUGGUUCUGUCUUGAAAGUUGGACAGCUCAUUGAUGCAUAUCUAGCAGAAAUUGCCCCUGAUCCUUAUCUAAGUCUGCAAAAAUUCAUUGCCAUGAUUGAGGUACUGCCUGAUUAUGCUCGAGUAAUUGAUGAUGGACUUUACAGAGCAGUAGAUAUAUACAUGAAGGCUCAUCCCAUGUUAACUGAGCACGAGUGUAAGAAGCUCUGCAAGCUCAUAGACUGCCAAAAGCUCUCUCAAGAAGCCUGCAAUCAUGCUGCACAAAAUGACCGACUCCCAGUCCAGAUGGCUGUCCGAGUCCUCUAUUUUGAGCAGCUUCGCCUGAAGAAUGCUGUCUCUGGAAGUUCAGGAGAUGGAUUUCUUUCACAGAAAAUCAGCAGUGGUAUUCCCAGUGCAGCCAUGUCCCCUCGAGAUAACUAUGCUUCUUUGAGGAGGGAGAACCGAGAACUGAAGCUUGAGAUUUCAAGAAUGAGAGUGAGGCUCAGUGAUUUGGAGAAGCAACAGGUGUUCAUGAAACAAGGGAUGAUGGAUAAGUCAGCAAAUGGGAAAACAUUCUUAACCUCGCUUUCCAGAGGGAUAGGAAAAUUUGGAAUAUUUAGCGGUCCAACUGGUGGGAAACAACAGAAGUCUGGAAGGAAAUCAAGGGGAACAGUAGGGAAAACGGGUAGGAGCCGGAGGUACUCUGUUUCUUAGCAUAUUGUUGGAACUAAGCUCUUCAAUUUUGGAUGAUACAGAUUGUUUUACUGUAAGUGGGUGUAUGUUCCAUGAAUUUGGCGCGAAAAUGUGGCAAUUCGUGAGCUCAAGUCGUUAAUGACUUAUGAGCUGGUAAAGGAAGGGCUACAAGAAAACUUGAUAUACCCACAAAUGCAUUAUCUUGACCCACCGCCUGAGUUUGGCAACCAAAGUUGAUAUACCUUGCUUGGUUUGCGAGUUUGUCCAAUAAUGGUUAUGUUAUGUGGAUAUUGAGCCGAGUUCAAUCAUAUCUGAUAGAUAGUAGCACCAUGCGCAUUCUAAGCAAUGGAGAACCUU